AUGGAGGGCACCGACGCUUUGCUGAUGCGCGUGCUGAAAAUUCACUUCGAAGACCGUUUACAUAUUCUCUAUGGGGCUUUGCAAGCAAUUAAAGAAUAUUCCAAUAAAGAUAUGUCCACACACAGUGAAUACGAUGAAAUCACGGCGACUUUGAAGGGAAUGCUGAAUGAUUUACCUGAAGAUAUUCUGAAAUACUUCCUUACCUUUGUUCCACCGCCGAAAUGUAAGGAAAAUUUGUCGUUGAACGUUUACGAUGCAGAGGACAUUAGAAGUGUUUUGAUGAAUUAUGUUAAUCGGGAUGUAUCAUCCGCGCCAUCAAAAAUUGUUCUGUCUAAAGAUGUUGAAACUUCCACCGUUGAGAAGAAAACGCGAAGUUUGAAGAGAAAACUACCUGUAAAACGGCGUUCGGGGCGUUCCAAGAAAACUCCACAAGAAUGUAAGAAAUUGUUGGAUAUUUGUGCCGAAUACAUUGUAAAGAAUCACACCGAGAUGUACAACGAAUAUCAGUCGCAGAAAGAAGAAGUAUGGAGGCUUUUAGAAGAAAGUAACCGGUUUAGUGCGGAGGAAUUGAAUGCGCUUUAUGUUAUUGGACGCGAUUUGAAUAAGAAACUGAAGUGGUUGCGUCUACUGGAAGCUGAGGAAAUUACAGACGAAAUAAUCUUGGAUAGUUAUUAUGACGAAGAUAUUUUAACCAAAGAGAGUGAGCUUCUUCCUCUGCUCACUGAAGAUCCGUUUGUGGUUAGCAAGGAACUAGAGGCUUCAAUUAUGAAAUUUGUUUCAGCUUAAUAUAUAAAUAUAUAAUAAGUACCGGGUAUUUCAACCCGGUUUGAGUUAAA